AUGGCGCGGGUUUCUACUUCAGCGUUCAUCUUUGUCCUACUUGCUCUCAGCUCGACCCUUGCUGGGAGCGCUAGCAGCAGCGGGCCAGAAUUUGCUAGGCUGACUCUCCCCGAGCCAUACUUGGUGAACAUCUUUUUGGUGAACAACGCAACAAACUGGACCAACCCCCUGGUUGGAGCUGAGGGACCCCGACCUCUCCAGGUCAUCAAGUGCCAACCGUUGCUUAAAAGCUUGAAGAAGAACGUUGGACCUGCCUAUGAAUUCUACCAAGUGCAGGCACCUGAGACUGGAUGCAACUUUCCGCCCCCCUUGGAGGCUGUUGUGCGUCAUCAUCACUUGGGCUCCUUUGUUUACGGGGCUUUGUUCGCAUGGUUCUACCUCACUUUGGUCCUCGCACUUCUAAUGAUAACGCUUCUUGGGGUUCCUAUUGCUGCUGGAUCCCUACUAGAGAAACGCUGGAAAGCAGUUCCACUGGAAGAGCCUUCCGUUCCGGACCUGGAAGCGCCGCUGUCGAUCUCAGACGCACCGCAAGAAAGCGAUCCGGUCGAGGAACCGAGACAAGGAUCUGAAGCGGAAGCGGAAGCGGAAAGUGAAGGAAGAGUGAAAAGUGUGGCCUCCCUUGAGACCGCUAAGGAUCUCAUCGGUGUUUAUACUUUGUUCACCUUGAUCUUCGUUCUGGUGUUAGCUGCCUUUGCGACUACGGCGGCAAUGAAGGAGAUGUAUCCAAAGACCACAAUCGAGCCUCUGGGGCCGGUUGCUUUGCCCGACCCUUCGCAGGGGCUCAACCAGUUCUUGAGGGAGACGGACGCGACAUUAAGCUUGGAGCUGUGCAAAACGCCGACAAUGAGCUUCUACGUGGGCUUUCCGGACAACUGCGGACGGCUGGGCGAUCCGUACGGCGGCGUCGAGGCGCCCGCGAAAUCCGGACCCUCGAAGCCGAAGCGGGGGCUCUUUGUAUGGCUGACGAAACUGGCGUCCCUGCUCUUGUACUCCGCGGCCUUUAGCAUCGUCCUUCUGAGCGUCGCGGGAAACAUCGCGCUCAUCCGCCUUCUUCUCGGGGUGUGCGGAUCCGAUCAGCUGAAGGAAGUUGUUUACGCUUUGCGUGUGGAGCUUAUACAUUUGAAGGAAGCAACGGCGGAUGACUCGCGCAGGUCGGUUGUAUUUCAGGGGCCGGGGGUCACUUUGUGGAGAGCUCCGAGCUGA